AUGAAUCUCGUCCGCUCCGGUGGCGCAGGCGACAAAGGUAUUGAUCUCAAAGGGUGGUGGAAGCUCCCUUCUCGCGAAUCCUCAUCGGCCCAAGCGGAGAAUGUGCGAGUCUUGGUGCAAUGCAAAGCGGAGGCCAAAAAGCUGGGCCCACGGACGUUGCGAGAGCUGGAAGGUAGCAUGCACCGCAGC